AAGCGGUUGUGGUUCAGGCCGUGCAUCACUCGUUCCGUUCUGUGCCCUGGGGCGUUGGCGCCCCCGGAGCCAUGCAGAUCUUCGUUAAGACGCUCACGGGCAAGACCAUCAUCCAACCGGCGUCCGACACCAUCGACAACGUGAAGGCCAAGAUCCAGGACAAGGAGGGCAUCCCGCCGGACCAGCAGAGGCUGAUCUUUGCCGGCAAGCAGUUGGAGGACGGCCGCACUUUGAGUGACUACAACAUCCAGAAGGACCGAGUCCACAUUGCACUUGGUGCUGCGGCUGCGCGGUGGCGUCAUCGAGCCCUCCCUGGCCGUGCUCGCGCGCAAGUACAACUGCGACAGGAUGAUCUGCCGCAAGUGCUACGCGCGGCUGCCAGCGCGUGCGGUGAACUGCCGCAAGAAGAAGUGCGGUCACACCAACUACCUCCGCCCCAAGAAGAAGCUGAAGUGAGCAGCCCGCGUUGGUGUGCACGGCUAGCGCACGCGCGACUGCGCGCAGUCGACGGGUGUGCCGGAUGAUCCUGCACUGCGUAGAGUGGGCCAUGUGCGGUCAGGCAAUAUCACGUUGAGUUCAGACACGACUUGCUGUCGAUUCGCAAGAGCCAGCCAGACGAGGUGGGGGUUUCCCAUUAGUUGCCACAGAACCCUCGCCCGUUCCACGGGCAGGGGGCCCGAGGCUGCAUGGUGCAUUUUUUUUACGCCUCGGGCCUAUCGUGCGCGGAGGUGGGUCGCGGGUCGGUCGCCGCCGGCGCACAGCGAUCGUGCGGCGGGAGCCUGAAUGACGAGGGUCCAGACCUCGCGAAUGGGGCAGGAGUCUUUCACAAGAUGGGAAGAUGAUUCACGCAGAUUCGCUUUGUCCAAAGGAUGGCAUUCUACGACAUGGAGUAUUCAGUUGAUGAGUAUGUGAGAUACGGAA